AUGGGUAUUACUGAAAUAUUAUGCCAAGGUCUUCAAAAGAAAACACAAGACAUAGUAAAUGCAAUGGCUCUAGUCUCAAACACAAAAGUCUUACUUAGAGAAUUAAAAGAAGAGAGAUGGGAAAAUUUUAUUACAACUGUUACUGAAUUUUGUGUUGCACAUGGUGUUGAAACACCUAAUAUGGACGCUCGCUAUAUGAUGGGUACAGGCCGUUCUUGUCAGCAACGUGAUAAUAUCACAGUAGAUCACCAUUAUCGUGUUGAUAUAUUUACUGCUACAAUUGAUUUUCAGUUGUCAGAGUUAGAUCAUAGGUUUCCAGAGGACACAAUGGAACUACUCAUUCUUAGCUCAUGUUUGGAUCCUCGGGAUUCUUUUAAGUCAUUCGAUGUUGACAGUCUUUGUAAUCUUGCUGAGAAGUUUUAUCCUCUAGAUUUCAGUCCGCAAGAGGUACACAUUUUGAGAAAUGAGUUACAACAUUAUGGUCAUGAUGUAGUUAACAAUUUGCAAUUUCAGAACUUAUCAACUAUUUCCGAGUUAUGUCGGCAACUAGUAGUAACCAAGAAGGCAGAAGCUUACCCUAUGAUUGACAAAUUGAUUCGUAUUGUGCUUACUCUCCCUGUUUCCACGGCAUCUGCAGAAAGAUUUUUCUCAAUAAUGAAAUUGGUCAAAUCAGCUACUCGUAACAAAAUGCAACAAGAUUUUCUUAGGGAUUGCAUGAUGCUCUACAUUGAACAAGACAUUGCAGGAGCUAUCCAUACUGAUUCAAUCAUAGAUGAGUUUGACGAUUUAUACAAUCGUAGGGUACAACUUAAGUGCUAG